UUUUUCUGAUCAAUCCGACGGACUGGACGUGUCACAACCGCCGGCGUAUGAUUCCUUAUUUGGAAGACAAUCAGCAUCUUCCCGAGACCAAGCUGACACACCAUCUAAUACAAACCAAAGAGAUCAAUCCAUCCAAGAAGGAACAGCAGAAGCAAAUAGAAAAUUUAAAUAUUACAUGAUUUUGAUUGUAAUUUUAUUUUUGGCUUCCAUUGCUGCACUCGAAGUGGCUUAUCAAAAAUAUUUCAAGCAUAAAGAUGACAAGGAAGAUACUUCUUCAGAUGAUGUUCGGUUAUCACCCAACAAUUCUUUCCCGGAGUAUUCAUCUUCCACAUCUUCCUCGUACAAUGAUCAUACCAAACCCUUGCCAGAGUAUCCAUCAACCACAUCUUCCCCAAACAUGUAUCAUAAUACUACCAAACCUUCCGCAGAUCAUCUACCCGGAAGCUGGGGAACACGUUUUAUUGUGUUGUUCAUGCAAAACAUACGGAAUACGAGGAAAUCCAUUUACGUCACAUCAGUCAACGGAAUACGGAUAAACGUUACAACGUCUGAACGUCUCAAUAGUUCUCUCAAAAGUGAGAUUGACCAAAUCACCAGUAUAUACUCUUUUGAACAAUUCUUCAUUCCAAAUUCACUGGAGUUAGAAGGCUUUAAGAUAGAAACGAAAUGUAUAUUAAUUGAAACUUCUCAAAAUUCUAUGGUUGUAAGUCAGGCUGAUGUCUAUUCAUCGGUUGGGAUGACAACUCAUAUCCCGAUACAUAAACUUUCAACUAAAUAUGUUAUUGUCUCGACAAAUCCGGUGAAAUACUUCAGUCAAUUUGCAGUUGCUUCAAUUAAUGAAAACACAAUAAUAUCGAUAACCUUCCAAAUGAAUGAUACAUUACAAAUUGACGGGAAAAUAUUUCGGAGUGGGGAAACUUUUAGCAUCAAACUCAACCGUUAUGAAACAUACCAGAUUCAACAUACUGUGGACUUGACAGGAACGUUCGUUCAGUCAUCUUUACCUAUUGCCGUCUUCUCUGGAGAUGAUUGCAACAAAUUAAAUGGGCAAGGGUUUUGUGAUCACCUAAUUGAACAAUUGCCACCGACAUCCAGAAUUGAUGCAGUAUAUGUUGUUCCACCCCAUCUGUACAGCAAUACCAAAAUACGAGUCAUGGCCAUCGAUAAAUCAACAAUUUUCUACAAUUGCACAAAUAAGACUUUCUACAAGUCGUAUGAGCGUUUGGAAUACUUUGAUAUUGAUAUUUCAAGCAACGGAGUGUGUUAUAUUCAAUCGAACGGACCUAUUUUGGUAGCAAGUUUCGGUUUAUCUUCUUCAUUAAGCUACAACAGUGAUCCUUCAAUGGUUAUUGUUCCAGGAUUUCAUCAGUACCAAAAUUACUACAAAAUAAUAGUUCCUUUUGGAUAUGAUUACAGCAAUAUUACAGUUAUUAUGGAACAAAGCGACAGUCUACUGCUUCUAAACGGCUACACAGUAGCAUCAAGCAAUAUUCUUUAUCAGGAAUUCCUCUACUAUAGUACUCAUUUCAAGGUAAUGAUAAUUCGUGUGCUCGCAGGUGAACUUACGGUGACUACAACGAAAAGCGAUAAAUUUGGACUAAUGUGUGCUGGCAUAAAUUUUUUCAAAUCCUUUGCUUUCUCUGGUAAUUCUGUAUUGUAAUAUUGGUUGGGAUUUUUUUUUCAUUGUUUAAAGUUAAAGGGGCAUGGUCACGAUUUUGGUCAAAUUUUAUUUUUAUUUUUUUAUUAUUUGCAAUGUUUAGGAAUGCAUUUCUAAUGAUCAAAUGCAAUUUGGGUGCCAGUCGUUGAGUUUUAAGCAAAAUACAGGGCUUACAAUUCUUCGUCAAGUAAACAAGGCUCGUGCCCUGUUUUUGUUUACUAAAGGUUCAAUAUACCAGUACAAAAUCUUUUUAAAGCUGGUUUGUCUAUCUAAUUAUUCAUUUUAAGCAUAAAUGAACAGUUCCUAACGAUUAACAGAUUCAUUUUAGGUCUAAAACUGGAAUUUUCACUUUAACAUUCAAAAUGUAAACACACGCUUUGUUUACAUAGCGAAGAAUUGUAAGCUCUGUAACUCGCUUAUGACUUAUCAAAUGGCAUUCAAAUUUUGGUUGCCUAUUAAAAAUGCCUUACUGAAGUAUUGUAAACAUUAAAAUCGAAAAAAUAAUUGUUGACCAAAAUCGUGACCAUGCCCCUUUAAAUUCUUUAAUACACAACAUGUCCUAAACUUGAGUUACGUGUUACAUAUAGAGAACAGUUAAAAAUAUGAUUUUACGAACAUGAACAUCAGCAGUUUAUUUGUGUAAAUUACAAAUCUGGUUAAAAUGGGCGUUCCUCGAGAUAUAAUAAAAUAUCAGAAUACAUGUUUAACAUUAACCUAUUAAACAAGAGAGAGAGAGAGAGAGAGAGAGAGAGAGAGAGAGAGAGAGAGAGAGAGAGAGAGAGGUUGUAUUUACGCAUUAUUUUGAUAUUUGUAGAAUAUAAAUGUAUAUAGAUUUUAAAGUCAAUAAAAUAUCCGUGCUGUUUGUCGCACAUAUAUUGCAGAAUCUAUUUACUGAUAUAUAUGAUUUAGAAUUAUGACAUCAUUAUGCUACUAAUUGAUCGGAUUAUAAUUCAUCGUUUAUGUGUCAUCAUAUUAAAUGUGAACGUGCAAUUGUUGUUUAUGAAAAUAAAACCAAACGUUCUUAAUUAG